AUGAGAUUCCAGUUUUCGCUCGUUACACUCCUUGCCACGGCUCUGGCAGAGGAGUACACCACGCUCACUUCGAAAUACUGCUACGCCGGCGGCCUCGUCUGCAAGACCACCACAGACUAUGGCUCAGUCACCACCGUCACGGCCAAUCGCGCAACCGUGACCACGUAUGUCCCUGUAAGCUACGUUCCAACACUGGUUACCGUGGAUGGUAAGGAGACUUGGCAGCAGGUCAGCUACUCGACGUCUGUCGACGACUACGGCCAGUCGACGGUCGUGGUGACCUACUGCGACAUCUCGUCGCAAUCUUCUUCCAGCAGAGUCACCUCCGUCGUGUCCUGCAACGUGCCUUUCACACAGACCGAGGAUAUCACCAUCACGACGACUGCAGGGGACGGUCACGUGAGCACAGUCACGGGCGCCACCACCUACGUCACCUCAAGAGCUUGUCCAACCACGCUAACGUGCGAGACGUGCGAGAACACGUCCUCUACGUCAUCUUCAUCCACCUCGUCUUCAUCCACCUCGUCUUCGUCCACCUCAACUUCAUCUUCAUCCACUACGUCGUCCACCUCGACUACAUCUUCCACAUCGUCGUCGUCAAUAACUACCUCAUCCACUUCAUCCACUUCAUCCACACUGUCUUCCUCUCUCUCUUCCACCACAUCAACCUCCUCCACCUCCACUUCCUCCUCCACUUCCUCCUCUACUUCCUCCUCUACUUCCUCCUCUACAUCAACCUUCUCCUCCUCCACCUCCACUCACUCAACGUCCACAAGCUCAACUUCCACGUCGUCGACAUCGUCAACGUCUUCCACCCCAUCCUCCACAUCCACCUCGCCGUCUUCAUCGUCUUCAUCGUCUUCAUCGACCACAUCAUCUACCCCAUCGAGCUCCACCACCAGCUACAUAACCUCUUCCACUUGGACACCCACCCCGUCGAGCUCCUCUCCAUCAUCGAGCACAAGCUCCUCCACAAGCACAUCCAGCACAAGCUCUGUCCCCUCCUCCUCCACACUUCUCUCCACAUCCCGGUACAGCUGCAACCAGCCCUACGUGACCACUGCCACCGUCACCGCUGGCGGUUCCGUCUCCCUGUCCACGUACACCACGUCGUCGGCCUGCCCAACCGUCACCGAGUCCACCACCGCCACAACGUGCACAGAGUGCAACAAAGACGUCCAGGUGAGUUCGCAGCCGACGCCAGUCCAGUACAGCAGCACGUGGGUGACCGAAGUGUCUGCUUCCACCACGACGGAAAAACUUUGUACCGAGUGCAAGACCAGCGAGGCGGUGGUGGAGACGACAGUGACGAACGAGACGACGACGUACGUGACUACCUGUCCAGAGUCCAGCGAAACCACACAGCAGCCAGAGACCACGCCAGCGAGCUCCACGAGCUUUUCGUCUCCAGCCACAUCCACAGGCACGGCACCAGCCACCUCGAGCUCCUCGCUGGCAGAGACAAGCAAAGCGGAAAGCACAUCGGAAAGCACAUCGGAAAGCUCAGCUGAAAUCUCAACACCACCUCCAGAGACCCCCUCCGAAACACCUGCGUCAGUCCUCUCGUCUACACAGACUCCAGCACAGGCAACAGGCUCAAGCUUUGAGACUGCCGCGUCUGUGGUCUCUACACCUCACACCAAGAUCUCGAUUACGGUGGUGAAGACGUGCACGGAGGAGAAGUGCCAGCCGCAAACGACCGCCAGUUCUGCGGUGCAGUCCGGCUCAACGCUGGCCUCGACCCUGCGCACGUCCACGAGUCCCGUUUCCUCGAUCCAGCCGCUGUCGUUCUUCCAGGGCGCAGCAGCGUGUGUCUCGAUCUCGUAUUUCUCGUUCUUUUUGCUUCUCGUCCCAUUCAUAUAG